GUUGAAGUGCCGUUAAUUAUAUCACUCGAUCGAGAGUCAUCAAACAUUCGACAGCAGCAACGGGCUCAGUGAAGCGUGUAGUGAAGUUUUUUGCGUGAUUUUACGUGAAAGUGAAACGUUCUGGAAUCAUGCUGAAAUUUGUCUGUGUCCUUGCCUGCGUGGCCGUGGCCGUUUCCGCCUACCGUGUCCACAUCCCCCAGCACCACGAGGAGCACCACCAGGAAGAGGAACAUCACCUGGCACCAGCGGAACAUCACAAGAUCGAACAUCACCACGAGCCAGAACAUAAGCAUCACCACGCGAUCGAGGUGCCGCACGAUUACUUUGCCCACGCCAAGUACAAGUUCGACUACGGUGUUCAGGACCCCCACACCGGGGACCACAAGAGCCACUGGGAGGAACGCGAUGGGGACGUCGUCAAGGGAGCGUACACGCUGUUCGACUCGGAUGGAAGCACCCGGAUUGUCGAGUACACCGCGGAUCCCGUGCACGGAUUCAAGGCGGUUGUGAAGAGGAUCCAGCACGAGCCGUUGAAGACGCACCACCAUGAGCACCAUGAGGAAGUGAAGCAACAUCAGCAGCAGCAUCAUCACUACGAGCAUGAUGAUGAGUAGCUCGGGUAGUUCCUAAUACAACGAAAGCUCUCAUGGGAAAACAAUCUCGCCACACAAGACUUGAAUAGACUGUAAGCAAUUGUUGUUAAGUUUAUAUGUUACGCUUUAUGCAGUGCAAUAAUAAUAAAUAUGUCGCUUAAAAUAUAA